AUGACCAGCGUUAAAAAACAGGAUGACGAGAUUGGAUGCGAUCCUGAUUUUCUUUCCAGAACGGCAGAAUUACCUUCCGAUUACUGCUCGGAUUGGAUUUGUGAACUAGCUUUACAAAACUCGGACCGAAUUAUGGCAACCACCGAGAAUGAUAGUGACUAUAUGACUCUCGAGAGUGUGCAGUACAUCUUCACAGUCUGUGUUCGUUUACGACUUCCCCACGAUAUACGCUAUUUGGCAGUGUUAAUAUUCACGAGAUUCAUGCGCAUUCAUACUUCUCAGGUCCUGAAUUUUUUGAACUGCGUGAAAAUGAGCAAAUCUCGUCGACUUCGAGAAUGGGAUAAAGUAGAGGCAAAUUUGUCGAGGCAAACAACCCUUCGCAUGCUUUCCUCUAUACAGAUAGCUUCAAAAGCCUUCAGUUAUCAUGAUAGCCUCUCUUCAAAACAAAUAUGUUCUUGCUUGCGCACAUUAGGAUUUGCUUACACUCAGCGAGCAGCUUUGAAAUCGGAGCUCCGUAUUCUGAAAACGCUGAACUUUCGUCUUCCUCAAUCUCCGUUGGUUUAUUCGGAAGCUCUGCUUAAGUCUGUCGUACCUGCCUGGCCUCGACUAGACUUCAAAGCCAUAUGGGAACAUACGUUGCUUUUCUUAGAUAUUGUAUUUCUGCAUCACGAACAGAUUUAUCAGGUUGUUUUACGGUCCGCAGUAGCGAAUGUCGAAGUUUUGAAAACAAUUCCAAGGGCUGAUGUUGAGCGCGUCAAGGCUGACUGGAUGCUGCUUGGUGCAAGUACGGUGACAGCUGCAGCUAUGUGUGUGAUGGCUUCACAGUAUACCGAACAGGUCUAUUCAAGUGUCUUUUCAUCUUUGUUCUCUCACUCCUUUCUUCAUACUACGUCAUUUUUUGAGAUCGAGACGCCAUGUUCAUGUAUACGUAGGAUUUGA